AUGCUGGUCGAGGGAGCGAAGGGCAACAUGCCAUCACGCUUCGGUGGAGUGGAGAAGCAAAAGUUCCUUCAAAGCAAGCUGAUUCAGUGGCUUUCGUACAUUGACUUGUACGCUGCCGACGGUCGCGUCUACGGAGAUGACAAGAUGCUUGCAGUUCUGAAAGAUUCAUUUCGAUACACAUCGAUUCUAAACGUGGUUGCGUCUUUACGAUUGAUUGAUCCACCGAUGGUACGAAGGAUUGUGGUGACAGCCUACUUGCAGCGCUUGUAA